CAAAAAGGCAGCGGACACAGCUCAAACUACAGCAUGAGUGUGGAGGACGUGCGUGCGUUGUUGGUGGAGAGCGUGAGGGCGGUAUGUGGGGAACGGGCGAUGGCGUGCGACCCAUCCAUCGCGCAGCUGCUAGGGAAGUCGUCGAGCGUGCUGCGUGCGGGCAACAAGAGCCGCGCACCGCAGUUUUCCUCGCGGCUCCCCUCAGCCUUGUUUGCUCGCUUGGUCGCCCUUCUUGCCACGCCACCACCACUACCACCACCACCACCACUACCACCCUCGCGGCGCCGCGAUGGUGGUGUGAGUGACGGUGCUGGCAAAGCACCCUCGUCUUCAACAGCAAGCACGACGACCACAGCCCUUGCAGCUGAGGACGACAGCAAACGCGCCAAGCGCACUGGCAGCAGCAGCGGCGGCGGCAGCACCACGGCCACGGACGUUACAAUGCAGGGCAGCCCAGGGACAGAAACCGGUGGGAGGGACUUGACCCUGGCACUUGGGCGGCCGGCUCGUGGGCGAGUACGAGGUCCACUACAGCUGGUCACCAUCACGGACUUUGGGCGUGAGAAGCAUGCGCGCUACAGCGAUGCUGGAGCGUUUGCGCGUGCCAUUGCCGCCGAGCUGGAGGCGCGCGGGCAAGCCGUGUUGGCAUUUGUGGGCGUGAACAGUAAGCACGACAUUGACAUCUCCACGCACAUGCACGUUGCCAAGCAGCACGCGCACGACAUGCUUCUCUGCCGGGACUGUGGUCACUUUUGCGCUGGCUUACGCGGUUUGCGUGAUCAUCAGCAGUGCUUUCACAAGCACACCUACGAACACUCGAAGGAAUCUGCGACAUUGUCCAACGCGCCAAUUGUUCCGUUUCAGAGCAACAGCGCCAUGCACGUGCUUGUGGAGCAGUGGCGGAAGGAUGCGCAGCAGCAGCGCGAGCAAGCAAAGAAGCUUCUCCCACCGCUGCAGGCGGCAAAGGAUGGCGAUCUGGGCGCGCUCAAGCGCAUGUAUGAAGCUGGCGCUGACGUCCACCAACGCGACCGGCACGGGUCUACGGUGCUGCACUGGGCGGCUGGUGGCGGCCAUCUGCACAUAUGCCGCUGGUUUGUUGAUGUUGCAGGUGGUGAUGUGGCACACGCGCAGCCAGCGAGCGGCCGCAACGCCCUGCACUGGGCAGCACGCAACGGGCACAUGGACGUCUGUGCGUUUCUUGUUGAUCGAGGGGUGGAUGUGAAUUCGAGAACAACGGACGGCACGCCGCCACUGCACUGGGCCGUGUGGCAAAACCAUGUGUCCGUGUGCGAUUUUCUGGUGGACAACGGGGCCGAUGUGCACGCUCUCAACGCGUUUGGGUGCAACGCGGUGCAGUGGGCGGCGCAAGGUGGACACGUGCGCAUGUGUGAAUGGCUGCGCAGUCACGGUGUCGACUUCCACCUGCUCAACAACAACGGCCACAGCGCGUUCCACAAGGCGGCCAUCUACGGUCACGAGGACGUCUGCAGAUGGCUGCACGACGAGGCUGGUCUUGGGCUGGCUCAUCUUGGCGCUGACGGCGACGGCAACACGCCCAUGGAGAUGGCGCGCCUGGACGGGCACACGCGUACCACAGAGUAUCUGUCAGAGCUGCACAAGCGGCUGACGGAUGCAUCAAGCGAUGACACGUGA